GAAGUGCCUGGUCAAAACAAGUUCAAAUAACUUUGUUCCCUGACCUCCGCUUUUCCUUAGCUCUUCUGCUUCCUUGUGUUCACUUUUGCUGUAUUCACUCCUGUGCCUCCUCUCCCCAGGUGUGGUAAAGGAGAUGGGCAGUGGGUGAAGCUUGCUGCUGUAUUUCCAAGGGUGUGCCAGGAGUUUCCAGUUCCUUGUCCCUUCCAAACUCUGCAUUUCCUCACCACAGGAAGCUGCUUUGCUAAGGACCAGCUUACACUGACCUAUCAUGGCAUCCAACAAAUUUGUUAUUAAGUGUGGGAACUUUGCUGUCUUGGUGGAUGUUCAUAUUUUGCCUCAAGGUUCCAGUAAAGACACCAGCUGGUUUUCAGAUCAUGAGAAAGAGGAGGUCUGCAAGCUGCUAGAAGUAGUUGUUGCUUCAAGGGUCAAACACUACCUGGAGGCACCUAAACAACGUGGUCAGUGGAAACCCAUGGAACAUGGAUCAGCUGGGCCUUUGUUUCUUACCGCCAACAGUUUGCACAUUACUGCCUACUUUAUGAAGAGAUGGGUUAAUCUCCGUUGUGCUCUAGGGAAACAUUAUCGUGAGCUCCGUGUGUUUCCAGAGAAAUUUAUCGUUUGUGUCAGUAAACUUGACUUUGAUCCAAGUGCUUGGACAUGUGACAAUGAUGGAUUGAAAGAAGAACUUUCCAACGGGAAGUCUGAAUAUUUUACUGAAUCUGCUGAGAACGAGAAGCUUAAGAUUCGUCUGAGUGAACAAAUAAAGCAAGACAUCCUGAGGAAAAUUGUGAGAAGGACAAAACCAAGGAGAAAUAGUGCAAGCAAACCUCAAAUCAGCAAGGACUCCAAGCAAGUGUCUCUUGGCUCGGCGGACUCGCAGACAGAGAACAGAAAGAACGACUGUCAGACUUCUCUCAGUGCUCGGCCUGAUGUGAGACGUAGGAGUCCAGGCCUGCUGAAGGACUGCACAAACACAGCUGAGAGCAGCUUGGAGCUUCCUGUAUUGGAGCAGAGAAAUGAUGUUAAUCAGAGACAGCCAGAUGAUGUUCGCAGCCAGCAAAAACCUCACUCUCUGCAGUGGUUGGAGGCAAGUCCUCGGAGUGAGAGCCCUCCUUGCAGCUCUGAGUCAGCGCUGCCGGCUCCCAAACAAAGGCAGAGAGUGACCAGAACACAGGCUCAGCUAAGGACCUCUGCUUCGGAGGAAAAGCUGAAGCAUUUCACAAAAGUGUCCUCUGAAGGGGCUUCUUUGACUUCUGUCAAUACAGAAAUGAGGAAGUGUGAUGAUAGUUGUUUGGAGGAGAAGACACCCCUUAAUUCCAGGCUGUUUUCAAAGCAAGACAUGACAAAGACUGUGGUUGACAAGAACUGGUCUCUUUCUGUGAGCAACAGUGGAGUGCACACAAGCCAAAAUGUGCCAAGCACAGCCACUGAAGAGCUGCCUGCAGUGCCAACAUCAUGUCCAGAACUGCACCCCAUGCCUUCAGAGAAGCUUUCCCAAAAAAGAAAAAAAGAAGUGGAAAAUGGUCUCGGGAAGUUAAAGCUGCGAAGGCUUAAGAAAUCAAAAUCUGAAAUACUGCCUUGAUAGCAUGGGUGGUCAGCCAAGGUUGUGAGUAAGCAAGGAGUAGGAAGCAAUUCAAAAUUAUGGAAAUGAAUAAAAAUACAAAAUCAAAAUUGGAGAACACAUUUCAAGAAUGUUUAGUUAGGUAAGGAUCUCAGUCAUUUGGGGCUGUAAUAAAGGUAAUCCUUUUAAGUCUUUAGGAAUUAGUCAUUAUUAUUGCACAAGUCAGCAUUGUAUUUAUGGAAAGAAAAAUCUCUUUUAAUAUCUACUAAGCAAUAUUUUAGAUUUAUAUAUAUUCAGUGCUAUUAGAAAGUCAUAUCAGCUGGUGACAGCAAAAGUUGAAACCCCUUGUGUGAACUGUUAGCAGCUGAAGUUAUUUGGUAUCUUGCUUGUUUCUGAGCAUGUAGUUUAUUUUAGUAAAAUUUAACCCUUUCUCUAUAUUAGAAAGUUCAUGGUUUACUCACAUGAUCUAUACAACAAUAAAGCAAAUUAAGUUUAUUUCAAAUAAAUCUUUAACCAGGAUUAAUAGCUAGUGAUUUGAGGCCCACUUUUUCAGAGAAGUUUCUAAAUAACUAUAGUUUCUGGUCAUGUAGUUUUUGAUAUGAAUAUGUAAUUCUAGCCCAUGUUGUGGAUACAAGUCGUCAUGCAUUCAGUCUUGGGGACAAAUGAAGGUUGUUUUUACAUAUGUAGAUUUAUAUAUUUACACCUGGAUGUGCAAACAUCUGUCUUGGGUGAAGUUCAUAUAUAAACACGUAUACACAUCUUCAUGGAUAUGUGUUUCAAUCGAAAUCAGGCCUUGCUUGUGUGCAAGGGCAACGUGCUGGUUUUCAUGUGGUACUAAUACCAGAGUUAAACCUUAUUUUAAGAUAAAUUUUAA